AUGGAUAAUGAAGCAAAUUUUAUAUGUUUGACAAAUGAUAAAGGUGUUGAUUAUAUUGAAUCAAUAAAGUUAUAUGAUGGUAAAAUAGUUGACUAUGGCGAACCAGGUUAUGUUGAAAAGCUAACAUUUCACAAUAUGUCGAGUUUCGAUAUCUAUAGUUCAGUAAACCAAAAGAACAAUUCAUAUAAUGUUCUUGAGCUUUUAGAUAAUCCAGACAAUGUUGCGCUAUCAUCUUUUAUCGUUGAAACUGAUUUUCAAUUUCCAGUUGCAUUUCCAAAUUAUCUUACAGUAAAAUCAUUUAUAUUUAAAGGUGCUUCACUAUCAUCCAAUAUACCAACAAGUUUAUUCACACCCUCAAUAGAAGUUUUUAUGUUCGAAGUUGCCAACUAUAAUAAAUCAUUAACUAUUGGUUUCAAUUCACAAAAUUCUUAUCCAAAUCUUAAAAAUAUUUCAAUAAGAAAUGCCAAUCUAUCAUCAUUUGAUUUUAUGAUUGAUAGCACUCACUACCCAAAGCUAACACAAUUUACUGUAUAUCAAUAUACAGUAGAAUUUAAACAAUAUCCAACAUCAUUGGUAGAAAUGUAUCUACAAUUUUCUGAUAUACAGUUAUCUGAUUUUACAGUUUUCCCAAAUCUAUAUACUUUGGAUAUAUCAUAUUGUAACUGUACUUUGGAAAAAGUAAAUAAUUUGAAAAGCUUGCGAAUUGCAUCUAUGAAUGCAAAUAUUCCUGAAAAAACAUGGUUCCAAAAUGGAUUUGACUUGACCAUUAUCAAUAGUACAAUGAGUGGAUUUUUUGGAGAUUUUGGAAUUUUGAAUCCAAGCAAAAUUCAUAUUGCCGCCUCCUUAAAUAUCUCUACAAAUUUAUAUCAAUCAAAUUGUUACACAGAUUACACAGCCUAUAAUACAGUGUUGGUAUCUCCAGACGUUCCAGAUUGUUUUUAUUGUUACUAUACAGAAAUGAUUCCAAGAUUACCAGUAAACACUCCUCAGCCACCACCCAAUUUCAAAUGUCCAAUCAAGCUUGAUAAAGUUAAUUUUGAAUUCCAAACUGGUAAACCUUUAAUAUUUACAGGUGAGAAUUUGGGAUUUGGAAUAGAUACUACAUUGCCAUUAAUAUUAAUAGUUCCAAAUAAGAAAUUUGCGUAUCAAUAUAGUUAUUAUCCUGCUAAGAAUAAUGGUAAUACAAAUAUUUCUUUUUCGAAUGCUUACAAUUACGACUAUCAUAUUCAAUGGGGACUCCCUUCUGAAAUAUUGUAUACACAAUCUUUUCCGAUUGCAAAAUCAAAUGAUACACGAUUGGUAAUAGUAGGAAAUUUGAAUCCAUAUUACUUUCCAUGGAAUAUAUAUGGAGAUGGAAAACCAUGUAUAAUAAAUGGUAAUUUUACUUACCAAGUUGACUGUACAAUCAAAGGAUAUCAAAGUCAAACUCCUAUAACUGUUGAAAUAAUGAGUGCGAUAUCUAAUACCUCAACAAUCUCUGCUGUUCCUCUUGUUAUUACAUCAGUUUCAAAUAUAACUAAUAAUGGAGGAAAUAUAACAAUUCAAGGUAAUUUUGGAGUUAAUCCAUAUUUGCCAUCGGUUCGAGUCGCAUUGGAUUCAUAUUUAGGGUAUAUUUACUUUUCAAACGAAACUACUUUACUUGUCAAGAUUAGAGCUGGUUAUCCAAUUUCUAAACAAAAUAUCAGUAUAACAUCAAAUGGUUAUUUUAUAGCAACCGAAUUCUAUAUACUUGCACCUCCAGAUGAUUGUGGUCCAAACUCAGCAUGUAACAAUAAUGGAAUAUGCGUUCAAGCUAGAUGUCAAUGCUUCAAAGGUUACAAUGGAUUCUAUUGCGAAUCAAAGAUUGAUGAUGGUGUUAUCAUUCUUCCAAAUGACCAAACUCCGUCACCCACGGUUGUCACCCAAGAUGGACUUCAAUUCAAAUUCAACAUCGUGGCAGUUCAAGAAUUGGAUGAAACAGGUACCGUUCUGAAAGAAGUUCUCACCAAUAAGUGGAAUUAUUCAACAACAUCCAAUGAAACUUAUACCACACACAACUAUACUAUAAAACCAUAUGCCUCUUUUCAAACUAUCAUUCAAGCGGUUAUCGACUAUUCAUCUAUGGAAAGAACCAUCCAAUUUGCAGGAUUGACAACAGUUUAUCAAGCUCAUUCUUUAAAGUUGUUGAUAAAUAUCAAAUACUGGCAAUUUGACAGUCCGCUAAACAGCAUCAGAGUUGUGAUGGAAAGUGACUUCCAAGUGGGUGAAGAUGACUGCAAAGAAUUGUCUCAAGAAAUUGGAACGGAUUCUAUCACAAACAAUUUGAAAUUCAUUAAGCUUUCUUUUGGUGGCACCUCUUACUAUGGCAGAUUCUUACCGUUUGCAAUGUCCGAUCGCAGAUUUGUUGCUGUUGACAAUCGACUUAUCAACAUGACAACCAUCAACAACACAACCGAAUCAUAUAUUGGAAUGACACUUCCAGCUUGUAGCCAACUGUGUACAAUCGAUCCUGAUUUUUCAUUAUUGCUAGAUAACGAUUAUGAUGAGGGAACCUGUGGCAAAGAGAAAAGUAAAGCAUGGAUGAUCGCUACCAUUGUAUCUGUUGUUGGAGUAGCUUUCAUAGGAGCUGCUAUCGCUACAGUUAUCUACCUGAAAAAACGAGCAAAAGUUAAAAAUGAAGAUAGCAAAUUGGAACAAAAGUUAAAUAAAUUAAAAAAUAACACUUAA